AUGAAUAUUGCUAAUCAUGAUUACAGUGGAACGGGUAAAACUGUCCUUCUAAAUGCACUCACGAUGAAUGUGUCAAGUGAUGUUGAAGUAAAAGGGAAAAUAUUGGUUAAUGGUGAACAGUUAUCGUCAACGGAUAUGCAUCGUAUAUCACGGUAUGUACAUCAAGAUGAUAUAUUCAUCGGAACUUUAACAGUGCGAGAACAACUUAUGUAUUCGGCUGAACUUCAAAUGGGUCGUAAUACAACAAAAGCUGAUCGAUUAAAGCGAGUGGAAGAAGUACUCAAAGAGCUUGGCUUAAAAAGAUGUGAAACAACAUUAAUUGGUGUUACAAAUCGACUAAAAGGUAUCUCUUGUGGUGAAAGUAAACGUCUUGCAUUUGCUUGUGAAAUUCUUACUGAUCCACUUAUUUUAUUUUGUGAUGAGCCAACAUCUGGCUUGGAUUCUUUUAUGGCCGUACAAGUUGUGCAUUGCUUGAAAGAAAUGGCCAAAAAAGGGAAAACAAUAAUUACAACAAUUCAUCAACCAUCCAGUCAAGUAUUCAACAUGUUUGACAACGUAUGUUUUAUGUCAAUGGGGAAAGUUGCAUAUUUUGGUCCGGUAACUGAAGUGUGCAAUUUUUUUAAAAACAUAGGGUUUGCUUGUCCUGAAACGUAUAAUCCAGCGGAUCAUAUUAUUAAAAUGCUUUCUGUUACGCAAGAUGAGCAGGAAUGUCAAGCACGAGUGGAUAAAAUUCGAAACGAAUUUGAGGAGUCAACAUUUGGUAUGACAUUACAACGAAAGUCACGUGGCCAAGGUUUACCAUUGAAAAUAAUUACAUCAGAAUUACCAAUAUUUUUACGUGAACAUUGCUGUUCAAGAAUUUAUAGCACUUCUGCUUAUUAUCUAGCAAAAUCGGUUGCUGAACUUCCAGAAUAUACCAUACUUCCAUUUUGUUAUGCAAUUAUUGUGUAUUUCAUGAGCGGACUUUAUUUGGCACUAAAGGCAUUUGUCAUCUAUUGUACAAUAACUAUUGUAAUUACAAAUUUAGCAGUUUCAAUUGCAUAUGCUGGUGCCUGUAUUUUUGGAAAAGAUAGCCUAGCCCUUACCUAUAUGCCUUGCUUUAUUUUGCCUAAUUUGGUAUUCGGUGGCUUUUAUAUCAGUUUCCAUUCUAUUCCUAUUUAUUAUCAGUUCCUGUCAUAUAUCUCCUGGUUUCGUUUUGGUUUUGAAGCAUUUCAAGUAAAUCAAUGGCUCAAUUACAAAGUGAUACCUGGAUGUGACAUUGGUACACCUGAGAUUGCUAAUUAUUGUCCAGCAUUUACGGGAGAAGGUGUGCUGGUACGUCGAGGAAUGAAUACAUCACAGAUUGUUAUUCUUAUCAAUUUAGCCAUUCUAUUUGCAAUGUUAAUUGGUUUUCGAAUUAUUGGCUUAUUAGCAUUACUUUUAAGAGUUCGAUUAACCCAAUAA